AAUCAAAACAAAUGCGGCGCGAACAUUUUUCAAGAUGGUGAAUCUCAACGAAAUUCAAUUAAAAAUCAACGAUGACUUCAUCUUUCGAAGAUUUGAGAAAAUUGAUUGGAAACAAAUUGCAUCUUUGAACAUGGAACAGCUGAGAGCCAAUUCAGACUGGAGUGCCAUUGAAAAAAACCUGUGCAACAUUCUCUGCUGUCACUUGGAGUCUGAAUUCAAACAGACUGAACUUGAUCCUAAUUUGUGCAAACUCUUUCAGCUGGCACAAAUCAGUAUUGAUUACUUGCUACAGAUCAGACAACAAAUUUCAAGUGAACUUCAAAACUGUCAAGAGAAAGUGAAAGCCAGCAACCUGGCAUUGAGUGAUGCCGUCAAAGCCAAAGAACAAGCUGAAAAGAAACUUAAAGAAAUCAAAAAGGAAAAUAAGAAUAAAGCAGUUGACCAGCAAAAUUAUUACAGGUGUCCCGCUUGCCCCAAAACAUUUCUCAAUGGAGAAUUCCUUCAUGGUCAUUGGCAGAGAAGACAUCCAGAAUAUGUUACCAUCAUCUCUUCAUCAACAGCAGCUCCAGUGGCCAACUCUCCUAUCCAACCGAUUACCAUCUCAUCUCCAAUCAAGAUUUUUACACCACCAACAAGUCCACCAGUGGUACACAGCAACCAAAACGAAGAAAUCAGUGAACUAAAGGAACGUUUACAACUGGCCGAAAAACAGCUGCAGAAUGAACAGCAACUAUUACACGCCGUCAUGGAAAAGAUGGACAAGUCUAGUGUGAAUUUGCAGGGGAUGCUUGCCCAAGAAGUUGAGAAAAUUCGUGCGACUCUGCGAGAAGAGAAAAUCGAGUCGCUAGUCAUUCCAGCCGAGGUCCCAUAUUCUCCACAGAAAUCAAUGCAGUCGUCAAGUGUCCAAACUACGCCGCGAAUGUUUCAACCGACUCCACCCACUCCGCCAGAGCGAAAUAAUGUGACAAGAAGCCCCGAGGUAGAAAUUCCAACUCCAUCCAUCCGAUCGGUUUACAAACCAGAAACUGUCAACUUGAUCCGUCAAGUUAAUAAUAAACAAGAACCAAUUAAAAGCCUUCCGUCAACACCCUCGAGCACCACCGACAGCAGUUCGACCGAGGAGGAAGAACCUCGUGUGGAAGUGAAAAAGGAAAAAGUGGCUGCACCCAUCAAAGUGAAUCGCCAAAUUCUGAUGGAUCGUUUCAAGAAAACGAUUGAAAACGCCCUGGUGCAGCGUAUGCAAAUGUUGGGCGUCGAUGUGCGUAGAAAGACUCUUUCCACUGCGACAUUCCACCAGUUGUCUGACAAGUUGAAUUCGAAUCAAAGUGCGGAUUACCUGCGGAUGCGCCAUCACUUUGAAGUUGAAUUGAAAGACCGUUUGAAAAGUGGCGGGAAAUCUCCGUCGUCCAAAAGCUGCCAACAGAAGCUUCUUAGUGCAACUGCCAAGCCGCUUUUAUCGGCAACAAGAGGAUCUAUUAAUAAGAAGCCAUCGCCGGUUAUAGAACAGCGUCCGGUGCAAGUGACGACUCCGGUGCGAGCUCCUGUUCCAACUCCUCGUUCAAGGAGUCAAAUGGCUGAGCCACCGACCCCAUUAUCUCUUAUGGCAAGAGAUGGUGAAGCUCCAUGUGUACCACUACAGUCGAGUGUCAAAGAAUCGAUUCAAGCGAGUGAACCGGUGGAAAUUCUUCCCAAAGAAAAGGAAGUGUCAAAAGUGCCCCCGGAAGAGGAAGACGACGACGACAGUUUUUCAUUUUCUUCGCUGGAUGCCAUUUUAACUGAAUUGAAAAAACCCAAUCGAUACGUCGAUCAGACCGUAGCGCCUAAAUCGGUUCAAUGGCGAGUUCCGGUUGAAACGAUUGAAAAAUCCAUUCACGAUUCUUGGGAUUCCCCUUAAAAUAAUUGAAAAAUACCAGCGUGAAAGUUUGAUUUUUAUAUAUUUUGAUGUCAGACCAGACCAUUAAGCAGCAGGCGCAAAAGAUUAAAGAAAAACACACACAUGCUGUCAGGAGGGGAAAGUUGACACAGAAAAAACUCGUACAAGGCUGAAAUAUCGUUAAAUGCGCGCGCGUGUAAAUAUAGUGGGGAGGAGAAUAAACGAUAAAGAAAAAAAAGAUGGAGAGAUAAGAUUAAUAAUAAUAUAAUCCCCCUUGUGUCAAAUAGAAUAUAUGUAGUAUCAAAAAUUGUUAUUUGAAUUAACAAUUUUUUCGGGUAUACUAGAAGAAAAUGUUUCUUUUUUGUUUUUGUUUUAAAUUUUUGUUUUUUUUACAGAUUUCUUUGUUUUCAGAUAUGGGGCGGAGUGUCAAUGCACUGCAUUGAAAUAAGAUUAAAUACCCAGACAAAA